GAAAUAGCAGAUGACGGAGCCGCGGUGCUGAGGAGCCGAUCCGCCCAGUGAGCGGGGCGCUCUCCACCACCGGUCUUUACCAUGCUUCACAGACCCUGCUCACAGAGGGACUCCGUACAGACUACAGAGGCUGCACCCACUCCUCCAAGGACUCACAGCAUUUGUAUGGUCUCUGACUUUUUUUACCCAAACACGGGUGGGGUGGAAAGUCACAUUUAUCAGCUCUCACAGUGCCUGAUCGAUAGAGGACACAAGGUUAUAAUUGUCACCCAUGCUUAUGGGGACAGAAAAGGAAUCCGCUACCUCACCAAUGGUCUGAAGGUGUAUUACUUACCUUUAAAAGUCAUGUAUAACCAGUCUACAGCGACUACGUUGUUGCACAGCCUACCUCUCCUCAGGUAUAUAUUUGUAAGGGAACAAGUCUCUGUUGUCCAUUCACACAGCUCUUUUUCUGCUAUGGCCCACGAUGCCCUCUUUCACGCCAAGACUUUGGGACUCUAUACGGUCUUUACAGACCAUUCUCUCUUUGGAUUUGCAGACGUGAGCUCCGUCCUCACCAACAAACUUCUUACAGUGUCUCUGUGUGAUACAAACCACAUCAUCUGCGUGUCGUACACCAGCAAAGAAAACACUGUGCUCCGAGCAGCUCUGGAUCCGGAGAUUGUCUCUGUGAUUCCAAAUGCUGUCGACCCCACAGACUUCACUCCAGACCUAGAGAAAGAGAGAGGUCCUAAAAUCACCAUUGUCGUGGUCAGCAGACUCGUUUACAGAAAAGGUGUGGACCUGCUUGGCGGUAUCAUUCCCGAAAUGUGUCAGAAAUACCCUGAUCUGCACUUCCUCAUCGGAGGAGAAGGACCCAAGAGAAUUAUUUUAGAAGAAGUAAGGGAAAGAUACCAGCUCCAUGACAGAGUCCGGCUCCUAGGUGCCCUAGAACAUCACGAGGUGAGGAACGUCCUGGUUGAAGGAGAGAUCUUCCUGAAUACAUCCCUCACUGAGGCCUUCUGCAUGGCAAUUGUGGAGGCAGCUAGCUGUGGACUACAGGUGGUGACCACUAGAGUGGGAGGGAUCCCUGAAGUUCUUCCUGACAAUUUCAUUAUCCUGUGUGAGCCCUCUGUGAAGUCUCUGUGCGCUGGUUUAGAGAAAGCUAUCGACAAGUUACGGACAGGAACGUUACCGAGCCCCGAAACUAUUCACAAUACUGUUAAACCUUUUUAUACGUGGAGGAAUGUUGCCGAGAGAACUGAAAGGGUAUACGAUCGUGUUGCUAAAGAGACUGUUUUACCGAUGAGCGAAAGGCUCGAGCGGCUGGUAAACCAUUGUGGUGUUGUCACGGGCUCAAUCUUUGCCCUCUUUGCAGUAAUUAGUUUCUUGAUUCUAGUUUUUCUACGAUGGACAACCCCAGACUACUUGAUUGACAUUGCUGUGGAUGCUACAGGUCCUAAAACAGCUUGGUCACGACUAUACUGCACUGAAAAACCCAGGAAAAAAGGGAAAACUCCUCAUGGAAACACCACUGAUGGUCCUGGAGAGUCUCCUGGGAGAUAACCUGUAUUACUCUAUUUUUAUUACAUCUUUUUUACUAUUUUUCAAGGAUCAAUGCUGCCUACACCUUUCUAAUUAGUGUACAUGUCAUGUCUUCUUUUGCGCAUUUGACUUCAAGCACUCCAAACCUCCUGUCUGAGAUUGUCUUGUACAGUCAUGGCUAAAAGUUUUGAGACUGACACAAACUUUGGUUUUCACAACAUUUACUGCUUCUGUGUUUUUGGGUCUUUUUGUCAGAUGUUUAUAUUGUAUACUGAAGUACAGUAUAAUAACUUUUUUAGCUUUUAUUGACAAAUCUAUCAAGUUUAUGGAAAGACUCAAGAUUUCCAGUGUGACCCUUCUUUUUCAAAACUUCUGCAGUUCGCCCUGGCCUGCUUGAUAUCAGCUUCUUGGCCAAAUCCUGACUGAAGACAACCCAUUCUUGCCUAAUCAGUGCUUGCAGUAUAUCAAAGUUUCUAUGUUUUUGUUUGUUUAUCCACCCUCUUUUUUGAAGAUUGACCACAUGUUCUCAAUGGGAUUGAGACUUGAGGAGUUUCUUGACCAUAGUCCCAAAAUGUCAAUGUUUUGUUUACCGAGCCACUUGGCUCUCACUUUUGCCUUGUGACAUGGUGCUCCAUCAUGCUGGAAAAAGCAUUUUUCACCAAAUUGCUCCUGGAUUGUUGCUCUUGGAGGAUGUAUUGAUCCCAUUCUUUAUUUUUAAGUGUUUUUAAGCAAAAUUGAGAAUGAGCCCACUCAAUAGGAUGAGAAUGGUCUCAGGAUGCUUUACUCUUGGCAUGGCACAGGACUUAUGGCAGCACUCGCCUUGUCUUCUCCGGGCAAUCAUUUUUCCAGAGGUCCCAAAUAGGGCUGAAACGAUUACUCGAUUGAAUCAAGUAAUUCUACACAAAAAAAUUCUCAAUGCAAAUUUUUUGCAUCAAGUAUUCGUUUGUGUCAUGUGACCACGGAGCGGGAGUGAAGCGCUUGCUAUUACUUACCGCUCCGUGGUCACCCGCCGGGAGAGAGCUGAAGGCACUGGGGGAUAGUGGAGCUGAUGGCAUUUGGUGGAACUGAUUCACUUGAGCUAAUCGCACAGGGGGGAAUGAAGGGUGUUGGGGAAUGAUGGCAGGGGGUCUGAUGAGUUUUUAUAAAGGAAAACAGUCUAUUAAUUCAUUUUUUCUUAUUAGAGUACUCAAUUAAUCGUAAAAAUAAUCGGUAGAAUACUGGAUUGCUAAAAUAAUCAUUUACUGCAGCCCUAGUCCCAAACAGUCUUAAGGGGGCUUCAUUAGAGAAAAUAACUUUACCCCAGUACUCUGCAGUCAAUUCCCUGUACUUCCUGCAGAACAUCAGUCUGUCCCUGAUGUUUUUUUCUUGGAGAGAAGUGGCUUCUUUGCUGCCCCUCCUGAUACUAGGCCAUCCUCCAGAAGCCUUCACCUCACUGUGCAUGCAGAUGCUCUCACACAUGCCUGCCGUUUCAUGGCUAGGAAUGACUUUGCAAUUCAUUUCAAUUCUUUUGAUCACUCUUCGUAACAGUCUAGAGUUAAUGCAAACUGCAACCAUAAAAACUGAAGCGGCAAACCUUGUGAAAACCAAAAUGUAUAAUUCUUAAAACUUUUGGCCACAACCUGUACAUAACUUGCACUAUACAUGGAUGGAUAUCUAUAUAUUCAAGAUCCACAGCGUUUUAAUCCUGAGCGGGUUAGGAUCCUCCACCUUAGAUGCCGUUAAAUGAUGUGGACAAUGUACCACAGCAAUGCUGUACUGUUUUGUCAAUUAAAAUGCUGAACUCCCUUAUGGAAACUAAACAGAUCCAUUUAUAGUCAAUGGAGUCCAUCAGGGGAUGUUCAUUUCUGUCAAAUGCUGGUUCUGCUGUUGCCUAGAACAGAGACUAGCUCAGUCAGCUUUAAAUGUCUCAAAACUGUCUUUUUUUUUUUUCACUUCCGAAAAGUUGAUAAAUUUAUGCCAUACUGAGAGGCCAAUAUUGGCCAAUAGAGCUGUUCACAUAACUGUAUUCAUAUGGUCAUGUUUUUACGUGCAGUGAGAAUUUUAAAGUGCCAGUAAGAUGAAAUCCUUAAAGGGUUUGUAAAAGAAUGGGGGAGUUUUUGGCAAAUCUCCCCAUUCGCCCGGACCAGUAAAGUAAAGAUGACUUACCUGCUUCUUGGCACUUCCUUCAUAUCUCCAUGGACACCCUCCAUGUAAACAUCCGGUUUUACAUCACUGCUGCCAAUCACUGGCCACGGCGGUGACCGUCUCCCCUUACUUAAUGAUAAAUGGUCAUAUGAUGCAAGGGGAUCUGGUCUCCGCCUUGGCCAAUGAUCAGCUGCGGUGAUGUCCAACCGGAUGCUUACAGCGAGGGAGGAGAUGCUGGGAGCCAGGACAGGAAAGCAGGUAAAUAAUCUUUCCUUUACAUGUCCGGCCAAAAGUGUACCUAAUUUUUCAACAAACUUUUUAUUAAUCCGAAGUACAGUGCCAUUAUAUGAUUGUAUCUGGCAUUUUUUAGCAGUUUCUCAUCUGUAUGCUUGACAUUUAGUUUGCCGUUCUCCCAGAUCUGGUGUUUGGUGGGGACUAGCUCUCAUACAUUGCACACAGAAAGUAGAUGAGAAUCUGCUUUAUGACAUUCUCUUACUCAGAAACAGCACCAGGAUGAGUGAGGACAUUCUAGAGAAGUACUUACCUUUAUGGAUGUAAAUAAAGCACUUGGGCUGCCAUAGAAACUGUCUGUAGCAGUCUCUUUGGUGUUUCCCCUGUCUCCUCCCCCUCCCUGCUCCAUAGACUUUUAUUGACGCACAUAAUCUGAUACCUCUGUGAGCUGUUCCCUCGUGAGACUGAUUAAGAAGACAUUUCAGAUACAAAUUUAGGUUAGGAAAGAGGGGGGGGUGCAGCUCGAGAACAAUACAUUCUUCUUUGAUAAGCUAUAUUACAAAGUUUUAUUGUAGCUUGUACUAUUGAUUUAUUCAAAGUUGUAUGAAAAGUCAGUGACCAUUUAAGCAUUUGUGACCUGCAGAUACUUUUUAUUCAGCUGUUAAUGGGAGGCUCCUCCUGUCUAUCACAGCGCAGCUUCCAUUAUGUCUCAGUGUGUUUGCCUGGGCCUUUGCAGUGUGAAAGGAUGUUUCCCCAACACAAAAAUGCAAGAUUAUACAUACAUGCAGGUGAUUUACUGGAAAUACCUCAAUUCCUGAAUGGCGAAACACAUUUUCAAAUAGGGUUAGACUUGCUAAUGAGAUCAUAUCCUGUUCUUGGCACCAAAUAUUUGCUGCUCUGCCAUAAUAUAUGCUCCACUCCAGUCUUUUGGGUUAUGUAAGGAAAGGACCCUCUUACUGCACUGUAUCACAUUGGUUGGAAUGACAACCUAUGUUUAGGGCUUUUUGACAGAAAUUUGCGUUACUAAUGGAGAACGUCUAAUGGUUCAAGCUCCUUACACUCCUAUUACUUACAUUCUGCUUGUAACCAAAUGUCUGCGUAUAGCGUGUUACCCUUUUAUAAUGUGCUCCUCUUACUAGUGAUCUCUGAAAUGAUGAAAGCCAUCUUUAUACCAAGGAUAUAUGUGUACAUGCCAUGUGUAUUAUAUUACUGUUUGCACUGUUUUAAUCUUUAUGGGAUCUGUACAAGAUAUAUGGUAUAUUGUUCCGUAUUCAGAAUACAUGAAUAUUUAUUGAUAAAUGGCAUCUGCAUUUAUUUUUAUUUUUUUAUCUAGGUAUUGACUUCAUAAAUCUGAGGCUGUAGUUAAAUCUAAGUCUUAAAAUCUAUAUAGUUUACAGAAAGGAGACUAUAUUAAUACAAAUGCACAGUAAUAUCACAAACAAUGUCUUAUAUUAUAGAUGUGGUACUAUUAUCCAGUUUUUUUUCCUCCUACAUAUUUAAUAUACGGAAAAUAAUCCCUGUUGGUUUUCUUAGAACUCCUCGUUGUGCUUUUCCUCUGAUCUUCCUCCUGGAAGAGAGUAUGUAUAAAUUCAUAGCUGUUAGGCUACUUUCACACUGGCGUUUCGACUUUCCGUUUGUGCGAUCCGUUCAGGGCUCUCACAAGCGGUCCAAAACGGAUCAGUUUUUC